GGGGGGGUAUAAAGCCAGCUGCUUCCUUUGUCCCCUGUUUACAGGCUACUGUUUGUGUUAGCUGUGUGUCGUGUGCGUUUGAAAGCCGUUUUUCUUUGUUAAACGUUAUUUUAUUUCGUGUCCUGUUCACGGAGUAUGUGUUUUAAGUGUCCGUUUUCUCAGCUGUUUUCUAUGGAAGAACAAGGCAACCAGAUUAUAGUUGAAAGUAAUUUCAACGAGAGGGACGCUUUUAGAGAAUCUUGACUUUAAUUGGCUUCAUUGCCCGGGGUCUCUUGAGUGAAGAGCUGGGUGGAGUUCACCUAUCUUGUUUUCACAUCAUUCGUCUUCAAGAUUCUUAUUCCAGCUACUAAUUCCAGCAAAAUGGUUGGCUUCAGACCUGCGGAUGUGCCCCCAACGGCUGCUGUGAAAUUUAUUGGUGCUGGUACUGCAGCAUGCAUUGCUGACUUGGUCACCUUUCCUCUGGACACUGCCAAAGUUCGGCUCCAGAUCCAAGGGGAAUCCAGUGGCACUGCGAAGGCUAGUUCUGCCCAGGUGAAGUAUCGUGGUGUGUUUGGCACCAUUGCCACCAUGGUGCGUACGGAGGGGCCACGUAGUCUCUACAAUGGGCUGGUGGCUGGACUGCAGCGCCAGAUGAGCUUCGCUUCUGUCCGUAUUGGCCUGUAUGACUCGGUUAAGCAAUUUUACACCAAAGGAUCUGAUCAUGUCGGGAUUGGUAGUCGCCUGCUGGCAGGCUGCACCACUGGUGCAAUGGCUGUUGCUUUGGCUCAACCAACAGAUGUGGUGAAGGUGCGUUUUCAGGCUCAGGUUAGUGCUGGUGCUGCUAACAAGCGCUACCAGGGCACCAUGGAUGCCUACCGAACCAUUGCAAAGAAGGAGGGGUUUCGUGGACUGUGGAAAGGAACUGGCCCAAACAUCACCCGCAAUGCCAUUGUGAACUGUACUGAACUGGUGACUUACGACCUAAUCAAAGACGCUCUUUUGAGAAAUACGCAGAUGACUGAUACCCUUCCAUGCCACUUCACAUCUGCAUUUGGGGCCGGUUUCUGCACCACAGUGAUUGCUUCUCCAGUUGAUGUUGUGAAAACAAGAUACAUGAACUCUGCCCAUGGCCAGUACAGCAGUGCCCUGAACUGUGCUCUGGCCAUGCUGACCAAAGAGGGGCCUAUGGCCUUCUAUAAGGGGUUUAUGCCUUCUUUCCUGAGGCUGGGCUCCUGGAACGUGGUGAUGUUCGUCACCUAUGAACAGCUGAAACGUGCCAUGAUGGUGGCUCGCCAUAAUUGGUCUACUUCUCGUUAGGUCACUAGGGGUUUUGUGGUGAUAAGUUAUCCUUUUCUGAUAAACUUUUUAAAGUAGACGCAAGUUUCUUCCUCCCCUUUUUAAAAAAAAAGCCACAGUUACAUUCAUUCAAGUGUAUCCUGAACUAGAAAGCUGGUCUUGAUUUUAUUUCUCUUGUCUGUUUUUAGAUUCUUUUUUUUUUAAAAAGCAGGCUAAUAAAGUUUCUACAAGAAUUUUA